AUGUCUUGGGAAGACGAAGAUUUUGAAUUACCUUCUGCUAAGGAGAAACCGUUAGUGGCAUCAUGGGACGAUGAAUUUGCAAAUGACGACGAUGAAGAGGCUUUAUUAGAGUCAUGGGAUGCAGAGGAAACCAAGCCUAAGCCUAAGCCUAAACCAGCUCCUAAGAGCGCCAACAAAGACAAGAAGCCAAAGGAUAAGGUUCUAAUGGAAAUUGAUACUGUGGAUGAAAAAACCCGUAAGGAACUUUUGAAGCAGGCAGAGUUAAAUUCUGAUUUGAACAACGCAGCUGAGUUGUUUGGUGGUUUGGGAGUAGCAGAAGAGCAUCCUCGGGCACGUGCGUUGCGUUUGGAACAAGAAAUGAGCGCCAUGAAUAGACCUGCAGCUUUCACAAAGCAAACGCCUAUAGAGUCUCAUCCACUCUUCACUGAGGCAGAGACAAAAUCCGACUUCCAAGAGUUAAGAAAGGCAUUGUCGACAGCUGUUGCAUCAAUGGCUGAGAAAUCUCAGUUGAACUACGCUUCUUCUUUGGCUAUUGACUUAAUCAGAGACGUAGCUAAACCUCUUUCAAUCGAAUCUAUUAGACAGUCUGUUGCUACAUUGAACUUGUUAAUGAAGGAAAAGGAGAAGCAAGAGAGACAAGCUCGUUUGGCUAAGGUUAAAGGUGGUACUGCUACUGGUGGGGCAGGCAAGAAAAAGGCUAAAGCUUCGAGACCUAACUUGGGUGGAGCUUUUAAGAAGGACUCAGAAUUUGCCUUGGAUGAGGACUUAAAUGAUUUUGGCGAUGACGAUUUUAUGUAA